AUGAUCGAAUCGGAGGAACAUGCUCUUGUCUUCCGCUACGACCACGAGCUCCUUCGUGUCGAAGCGUGGGGGCCCAAUGCCGUAAGGGUCAGAUCCACGCGCCUACCUGACUUUCCUGAGGAGUCAUGGGGCAUCUUUAGCAAGCCUCAGGCCGGCUCGGUAGCUAUCAAGGAAGUCAAGACGCAGCGCGGAGGCAUGAAGUCGGGCACUACCGACCUGAUCAACGGCCAGAUCAGAGCCUCACUCUCCUCGCGAGGCAAGCUCACCAUCUACAAUGCGAAAACUGGCCAAGUUCUCCUUGAGGAGUACAGUCGAAACCGCGAUGAUCCCUGCGACCCUAAUUGCAGUGCUCUGCUCAUUGACGCCAGGGACUUUGUACCCAUUCCCGGCGGCGACUACCAUUUGGCGGCACGCUUCCAAACGCAAGAUAGACACGAGAAGAUCUUCGGUAUGGGCCAGUAUCAACAUGAUCAUCUGGACCUCAUGGGGGUCGAUCUCGAGCUCGCUCAUCGCAAUUCGCAGGCUAGUGUGCCUUUCUUCCAGUCCAGUCGUGGCUACGGCUUCCUGUGGAAUAAUCCUGCAGUUGGCAGAGCUACGUUCGGCAAAAACAUCAUCACCUUCGAAGCACGAUGCACAAACGUGCUUGACUACUGGAUCGUCGCAGGCGAGACCCCAUCCGAGAUCCAGCGGGCGUAUUCGGACGUCGUCGGCAAGACUCCCAUGAUGCCCGAAUGGGGUCUCGGCUUCUGGCAGUGUAAGCUUCGCUACGAGACCCAGGAGCAGCUGCUCUCAGUUGCUCGACAGCACAAGUCGCUCGGUCUUCCCCUCGAUGUGAUUGUCUGCGACUUUUUCCACUGGCCUCGUCAGGGAGAUUGGAGAUUCGAUCCGAUCUACUGGCCAGACCCUAAAGCCAUGGUCGAUGAGCUCAAGUCCAUGGGCAUCGAGCUCAUGGUCUCCAUCUGGCCUACCGUCGACAAGCGCAGCGAGAACUACGAUUCCUUCAAGGAACUUGGCCAUCUCAUCCGCACCGAACGUGGCGCACGCACUACCUUCGAUUUUCUCGGCGAUUGCACCACCGUGGACUUUACCAAUCCGAAAGCUCGCGAGCACGUGUGGUCAAUCGCUCGGAAGAACUACUUCGACCUGGGCAUCAAGGCGUUCUGGCUCGAUGAAGCCGAGCCGGAAUAUAUGAAGUACGAUUUUGACCACUUCCGCUACCACAAGGGGCCUUUGACGGCAGUUGGUAACGAGUACCCACGCUCGUACGCUCGCUGCUUCUAUGAAGGUCAGCAAGCUGAAGGACAGAAUGGAGUGGUCAACCUCAUCCGCUGUGCUUGGGUAGGGGCACAACGUUACGGCGCCCUCCUUUGGUCUGGCGACAUUGCUUCGUCGUGGUUGGUCAUGCGGAGACAGCUUGCCGCCGGCUUGAGUGUCUCUGUUGCCGGGAUUCCCUGGUGGAACAGCGACAUCGGUGGCUUCCACGGUGGCGAUCCGGACGAUGCAGACUUCCGCGAGCUCUUGGUUCGCUGGUUCCAAUGGGGCGCCUUUUGCCCCGUCAUGCGCCUCCACGGAGACCGCGAGCCGCGUCAACCCAAGCCCGGCGUUGCUCGAAAUGAUCCUGACUAUUGUCAAUCUGGGGCGGACAACGAAGUCUGGUCCUACGGUGAAGCCAACUACCCGAUUCUCAAGAAGUAUAUUCUACUCCGCGAAGCACUUCGCGAUUACACCAGGCAGAUCAUGAGGAUUGCCUCCGAACAGGGCGACCCUAUCAUGCGAUUGCUCUGUUACGAAUUUCCGGCCGAUGCCCAAGCCUGGGAGGUCGAGGAUGAGUACAUGUACGGCCACAGGUAUCUGGUGUGUCCAAUCUUGUUCCCAGGAGCGAGGACGCGCAAGGUUUACUUGCCGGCCGGCGCUAAGUGGGCCCGCGUAUUGUUCUCCGACUCGCUGAAGGCAAGCGAGCAUUUGCUCGAGGGUGGUCAGACAGUCGAGGUCGAGGCCCCCCUGGACGACAUGCCGGUAUUCGAGCGGUUCGACCGGUAA